GAGUUAAGACUCUAUUGAUAUUGUUUUUGAUUAUAAUAAAAUUGACAUCCUUAUUUUGUAAUAGGACAAAAGAACGGAAAAUAAAUAAAACAUGAUUGAAGAAUAAUAAAACUUAUUUGUUGUAUUCUUGGUUGUAUUCUUUGUUAUUUUAUACUUUUACGUACUUAAUGUUUUAUAUGCUUGCCGAAAUACACGUGAUUUACGUAGUACUGUAACUGUUAAUUUAUUAUUUGUAACUAUUUUACUUCUAAAUAAAAUAAAGUGGUAGAAAAAAUAAUGCAAAAACAGAAUCUGUUAUAAAAUAACUUCUUGCUCUUUAAUCUUUGUUUUUUUUUUUACUUAAUCAAAAAUUAUGUCAUAAAAAAAAUUUUGGAAACUUAUAAUAAAAUUUAUAGAAUUAACAUUGUAUCUCAAUAAUCUUCUAAGAUUAUAUAAUAUCAAACUAUUUAAAAUAAAAAGAUUAUUCUUAAUACUUCUAAUUAUUAUUCAAAAUUUUAAAAUUAUAAACAUAAUAUAUAAUUUUCAUAAAUAUUUAUACCCGCGAAAUCGCGGACAAUCACCUAGUUUAUUAGUAAAUAAUAUCAAUAUUAUUAUAAAAAAUAUGUAUCUAAGUCAUUUUAAAACGCAUUAUGAUCCAUCCUUUUAAACUUGAUUAAUAGGCGCAGACAAAAAAAACUUGAUUAAUAGGCCAAAGGAAGAGAUUAUUAGUAUAAUAAACCCACUAAGAGAUAUAUAAUUAGGUGGUUCGAUCGACAUUGACGCAUCAAGGCAGCGUCAGAGAGAGAGAGGAGAAAGACAUCGAAAGCUUUUUGUUUUGAAGAAUUAUGACGACAAUUUCCGAUCUUUCAAGGGAUUUAUUAGUGGAGAUUUUCUCUAGGGUUCCACUGACAUCUCUAAGCGCAGUUCGAUCUACAUGCAAAACGUGGAAAGCUUUAUCAAAAGGUCAGAUAUUAGGGCAAAAAUCAGCAAAGAAACAGUUUAUGGCAUUCAUGAUGAUAGAACAUCAUUAUAGUAUUUAUUCAUUGAGAUUCGAACUCCAAGGAAUCCGCAACGAAAACUACUGUUACGACGAAGACUUGGGGAAACAUAUAAGUAUGCCUACUCAUCAAGUCGAGAUAUCUCAAAUCUUUCACUGCGAUGGCUUAUUGUUAUGCGUUCCCUUAGACCAGUCUAGGCUUUUUGUUUGUAACCCUUAUUUAGAGCAAAGCAGAUUGGUUCAAACCAAAAACAAAUUCCACAGAAAAUCAGAUAUGUAUGUUCUCGGAUAUGACAACAACAACAACCACAAAAUCUUGAGUUUCUCUAUUGUUGACUCGAACAUCAAAGACAUUGAGCUCUACUGUUUUAGCUCGGACACAUGGAGGGUUCUCGAUGUUUGUCCAGUGUAUUGUAAUUUGAAUAGUAAGUUUUUCGUGUCAUUGAAGGGAAAUACUUAUUUUUGCAGUCCAGAUCAUGCAUCAGAAGAAAAGAAUGGUUUGUUCUGUUUUGAUUUUACAACAGAGAGAUUUGGACCGCUUCUACCUCUGCCUCCACCUUUCCAUAGUGGUUACUAUAAGGUGACUGAUAUAAUUAGUAGCAAUGAGAAGCUGGUUCUGUUACAUAAUGCCUACGUAUGCGAGAAAGUAGAGAUUUGGAUUACCACUAAGAUUGAGCCCAAUGUUGUGUUAUGGAACAAGUUUUGGACACUGGAUUGGUAUUUUAUCAAAGGUUUAUUUCCGGAUGAUUAUUGGCUUUACUUUGAUUGUAGGAGUUGGUUCAUUGACGAGGAGAAGAAAGUUGUUGUGUUUUUCGAUAUAACGCCCAAGACCUGUUUCUUCCAAAUGGCUUACAUCAUUGGAGAAGAUGGAUACUUCAGAUCUGUCAACUUAGGAGCAGCUCCAUAUCCUGAGUGGGUUUAUCACAAUAUUGAGUACUAUAAUUAUGUUCCAAGUCUGGUGCAACUGCAACUGCAAGUUUAAUCCAGUUUCAAAAUACUUGUUUUGUUUCUUAAAUCAUCUUCUUAAUAAAACAAAGA